GCUGGGCAGCACUGUUGUGGUAAACACGCGCGGGCCACCGCCGUUUCAAGCAUAUAUAAAUCCGAAUAAUACGCCACUUGUCCGGGUACUUAGCCAGUCGAUUCCCGUUGCACUAGCCCAUCCCCCAACCCCUAACCAGUCCCGCUGACUUUUCGAUAUGUUGGCAAAUCUUCACGGCCGCAGCGGCCACUUGUUGCGUCACAGCCUCCAAAGCGGCAGCAGGACUUGGCGGCGAAGCUGGGCGAGCACUGCGGCCGACAAGGAUGGCGACGGCGACAGCCUGACAAUUGGUGAUGUGACGGUGCGACUGAGCAGGCCCAAGGAUCCGCAGCUAGUGCCACAGCAGUACGUUAAAUACGCUCCCGAUGGCACUCUCCAGCUGACGCAGUCCGCCCUGCAUCAUCUCCGCUGGAUGCUGCAGAAAGAUGCCCUGCGCCAGGACAUGUUCUUGCUGGGACAGCCGGGUCCGCGGCGAAGGCAGCUGGCCAUGCAGUUCCUGGAACUGACGCAGCGCGAGGUAGAGUACGUGGCCCUCAGCCGGGACACCACCGAGAGUGACCUGAAGCAGCGUCGCGAGAUCCACAACAAAGCGGCUGUCUAUCACGAUCAGGGCGCCGUACGGGCGGCGCUCAAUGGCCGUGUCCUGGUCCUGGACGGUGUGGAGCAUGCCGAACGGAAUGUGCUGCCCAUAUUGAACAAUCUGCUGGAGAAUCGUGAGAUGCACCUGGAGAGCGGCAAGUUCCUAAUGUCACCCGAGCGGUAUGACAAGCUCCUGGAGAAGCACUCCCGCCAGCAGCUGGACGAUUGGGGCCUUCUACGCGUCUCUGAACAGUUCCGGGUGGUGGCCUUAGGCCUGCCCACGCACAAGUAUAAGGGUACGCCGCUGGAUCCGCCACUCCGGUCCCGGUUUCAGUCACGUAACGUAACCGCCUACACCUAUGGCGAGAUGUACGAGGAACUACAGCAGGAGGCACCUGGUGUGCCCGGCGAACAGUUGAAGCCACUACUUACUUUUGCCCUGACGCUGCAGCAAGCGGAUCCGUCGCUCCAGCUGCCAGACUUUCCACUCCACAACCUUCUCUUGGGCGUGAAGAUGCUGGAGACGAACCCGGCGCUGAGCUUGCACGAUGUCAUCUGCCGCAUAUAUCCAUAUCAGGCGAUGCUAAAGACGGACCAAAGAAAACGAGUGGAGGAGCUGCUCAAGAAGCUGGAUAUCCCAUUGAUUUCCAGCCAAAGCAUCAACAAAAUCGUCAGUAAAUCGGACGAGAACUCCCGCAUCCUUCUGCAAUUGGACGAUGGCCUGGAACUGAAACUGCCGGGAGGAGGACAGACACCGAUUGCCACUAACUUUGUGGAUCUGCCGCACCAGAGACAGGCCUUGGCCAGUCUGCUUCAAGCCUAUGCCGUCGGCGACGUGUGUCUCCUGGGCGAGAAGGGAGUUGGCAAGCUGACCCUGACCAAGGAGCUCAUCCGCCUGCUACGGCAAAGCGCAGAGCCCAUGAUGCUCUACGAGGAUAUGACCAGUCGAGAUCUUGUGCAGCAGCGCAUCACGAGUCCCGCUGGCGACACCGUGUGGCGUGAUUCUCCUCUGGUGCGGGCCGCCAAGUCGGGUUCCGUGGCAGUGCUAAAUGGCCUGCAUCGUCUCCACAAGAGCACGGCCAGCGUGCUGCAGCGCCUCAUCCACGAUCGGGAGCUGCAGCUGUGCGAUGGCACCACGCUGCUGGGUGCUCAACGCUAUCAGGCUUUGAUCCAGCAAGGGCUUUCGGAGAAGGAGCUCACCGAACGGGGCUUCCUGCCCAUGCACGAGUCCUUCCGUAUUGUGGCGUUGGCAGAACCACCACGUCCUGGCGGCGGAGGCAGUCAACCGAAUUGGCUCACACCGGAGUUGCUCAGCCUGUUCCUCUACCAGGAGCUGCGUCCGCUUCGCCAGAGCGAAGAGCAGGCGCUGCUAACCGAACUCUGUGGCGGCAACGGUGAGUUGCCCGCCGGUCUGGAGCCUCUCCUGAAGCUAGCUCAGCUCCUGCGCUCAUCGCAGGAUCCCCUCCUGCAGGGCAUGUCGGGAACGCUCUCGACGAGACAGUUACUGAAGCUAGGACGCCGGCUGGCUGCCUAUCCGCAGCUAAGUGAGUCUAGUGAUGUCCACGAAAUGCUGCAGAACACAUUCCUGGCCAGAUUUAUGCCGGCGCUGUCACGUAGUGCCCUGGAAGAAGCCAUCCACCAGGUGGGCAUCAAGGUGGACAACCAGGCAAGGAGGAAGAGUAGUCGACAGGCACAGGAAACUCAAAUAGCAGUGGAGGACAACAACCUGAGAAUUGGUGCCACACGCUGGCCUCUUGGCAAUCCCACGGAGGCCCAACUAUCCAAGGUACCCAGCACGCUGUUCUACGAGAUGCCACAGCAUGUGCAAUUGCUGGAGCGCCUGCUGCAGGACUACCUCAUCGGAGAGCACCUGCUGCUGGUGGGCAACCAGGGCGUGGGCAAGAACAAGCUGGUGGAUCGUCUUUUGGAGCUAAUGCAGCGUCCGAGGGAGUACAUCCAGCUGCACAGAGACACCACAGUUCACAGUCUGACCCUCCAGGCGACGCUCAAGGAUGGCCAGGUGUCGUAUGAGGACAGCGCCCUGGUUCAGGCCGUUCGUUCUGGUCACGUACUCGUCGUGGAUGAGGCCGACAAGGCGCCCGUCAAUGUCACCUGCAUACUGCGCACUCUGGUGGAGAGCGGGGAGAUGGUCCUAGCGGAUGGCCGGAGAAUUGUGCCGCCCGGAGCCGGUGGAAGGGUCCCCAACUCAAUUGAGACACACCCAGAUUUCCGGCUCAUCGUCUUGGCCAAUCGUCCCGGCUUCCCCUUCCUCGGCAACGAUUUCUUUGCCGCCCUGGGUGAUGUCUUCAGCUGUCAUGCCAUCAGCAAUCCCGAUCCGGACUCUGAGAUCUUCCUGCUGCAACAGUAUGGACCAAAUGUGCCCAAGAAAACACUGCGCACCCUGGUAAAUGCCUUUGGGGAGCUACGAACGUUGGCCGACGAGGGAUUGCUUAACUAUCCAUACUCCACGCGCGAAGUAGUGAGUAUUGUGAAGCAUCUGGAGCGUUAUCCGGAGGAGAACAUGUCCGAAGUGGUGGGCAAUGUCCUCGACUUUGACCGCUACCAGCCGGAAGCCCUGCAGCAAGUUAACCAAGUGCUGGCCAAGCACGGCAUCGAAUCCUACGCCGAGGAGGAAAUGAUCCAGGCCAUGCGAAGGCAAAAGACGCUCCAGGCGUCCGUCAAGCGGCACAGCGGCCUUGGGGUUUCGGGGCCGAAGUUCGGUAAACUGGAUCCCAAGAACGAACCCCAUGUCGGUGGCAAUACGUGGGCAGGUGGCAGUGGCGGUCGCGACACUGCCGGACUGGGUGGCAAGGGCGGACCCUUUCGCCUGGACAAGGGCCACAAGGUUCACCAGUUGAGCGACGAGGAGAAGGCCGAUGUGCCCGAGGAGAUCAAGAAGGCGGCCAGGGAGAUGAAUCGCAAGGCCUUCGAGGAGAAGCUUAAGGAGAUCAAGAUGUCUGCCCACGAUCACAAGCUGUAUGCCCAGUUCAGUGAGCCCAAUCGCAAGCAGGUGCAGCAGCUAAAGGCCAUUCUGGAGGCCAUGCAGACCAAGAGCAAAGAGCGUCAGUGGCAAAAGUACCAGACCCAUGGCGACCUCGAUGAUACGCGUCUGGUGGAGGGCAUUACCGGCGAGAAGAAUAUCUACCGCAGGCGGGCAGAGGCCAAUCCCUGGGCGGAUCACGUACAGGAGAAACCCAAUCGGCUAAAGCUGGUCGUGGAUGUGUCGGGCUCUAUGUACAGAUUCAAUGGCUACGACGGCCGGCUGGACCGGCAACUGGAGGCGGUCGUAAUGGUUAUGGAGGCCUUCGAUGGCUUCGAGAAGAAGAUCGUGUACGACAUUGUUGGCCAUAGUGGCGAGGGCUGGGAGAUUCCCUUCGUGACGGCCGGCAGUCCGCCAAAGAACGACAAGGAGCGCUUCGAGGCCAUCCGCAUGAUGCAUGCCCAUUCACAGUUCUGUUGGUCCGGCGAUUCCACGGUUAAGGCAGCACGCGAGGCCUGCUCCACGCUGAGCGCCGAGCAGGACUAUGAUAAUGCCAUCGCGGUGGUGCUGAGCGAUGCGAAUUUAUCGCGGUAUGGCAUUGCACCCAAGGAUCUGGCCAUAGCCCUCAAGCGGGGCGAACCAAAGGUCAAGGGUUAUGCCAUCUUCAUAGGCAGCUUGGCCGAGGAGGCGGAAGAAAUCAAUGCAGCAAUGCCGGCUGGCCAGAGCUUUGUCUGCAUGGACCUCACCAAGCUACCUCACAUCCUGCAGCAGAUAUUCACCUCGUCACUGCUGUAACCUAGUGCAAUUUUUAGAUCCUCCGAAAGGAUCAACAUGUUUAGAUUUUAAGUCUAUCUGUUGAAUUUAAUGUUGAUAAUUCCAAUUUUAGUCUAUAUUUAGCAUCAAUUAAGCCAGAAUUGAGUCUUGUAUUCGAAACCGAUGUGUACAGUUACAAAUAAACCAGAAAUAAUUUUCAAGA